CUGAUUCAAAAUACAUUGCAAACGACGCGCAAUUUCUUCAAAUUUCAUAUCAAACACGUCCAUUUCCAUUUUGAUUCUUCAAACCACCGCGAUCCCGUCGCCUGUGGGCGUGGGGGCACCGACGCUGUGCCCAACGGCUCGUCCCCCACCUCCCGCUGUCCUCCAUGCCCAAUCAGUCAACUGCAACCAAAUCCAAACAAAAGCGCACGCAAAACCGAGCAGACCACGCUCAAACUUGUCACCCGUGGACUUCCCCAAGAAGCAAGGCCGGCGGGGCACAGUGAGCCAGUGAGCUGCGACUGCGAGCUCCCUCCCGAUCUGGCAGCCAUGGCCGCGGACAGCUGCCACCCCCGCGGCCUCUCGUGGCUCGCCAGGUCCUGCAUCCCCGCCGACCCCGCCCGCCACAUCGCCGUUCCCGUCCCAAUCUCAGCUGCCUCCACCAGCAGCAACCCAGCCUCCGACUCUGAGUCACCCAUCUCCGCGCUCCCCGACGAGCUCCUCCUCGAGUGCCUCGCCCGCGUGCCCCGCGCCUCCCUCCCGCCGCUCCCCGUGGUGUGCCGCCGCUUCGCCGCGCUCCUCGCCUCCCACGGCUUCCUCCACCUCCGCCGCGCCCACGGCCGCAUCCGCCCCUGCCUCCUCGCCGUCUCCGUCUCCUCCGCCCACGGCGCCGCGGUCACCUUCGCCCGCGCGCUGCUCCAGCUCGGCGCCUCCUCCCGCCCCGAGCUCGAGGUCGCCGCGCUGCCCCUGCCUCCGCCGCUCCUGCAUUGCGCCGGUUCAUCCGCGUUCGCGCACGCGCGCGCCGUCGCGCUGGGCCGCGAGGUGUUCCUCAUAGGCCGCGGCGCCACGCUGCGGGUGGACGCGCUCACGGGCGCGGCGCGCGCGUGCGCGCCCACGCUGUUCCAGCGGAAGAAGUUCGCCGCCGCGGCCGUGGGCAGCCGGAUCUACGUCGCGGGCGGCACGGCGCGGACCGCGGCGGUGGAGGAGUACGACCCGGCCGCCGACGCGUGGCGCGUCGUGGCGGAGGCGCCGCGGCGGAGGUACGGGUGCGCGGGGGCGGCCGCGGGAGGCGUGUUCUACGUCGCCGGCGGGGUGGCCGUGUCCGGUCACCCCGGCGGGGACGGCGCCCCGCGCGCGCUCGAGGCGCACGCGUGCGCCGGGUCGGUGGACGCGCUGCACGUGGCGUCGGGCGCGUGGGCGUGGUCGGCGCGGCCGCGGGCGGUGCCCGGCGGGGGGUGCAUCGUGGGCGCGUGCGGCGCCGGGGACGGCCACCUCUACGUGGUGGCGAGCCACGCGGCGGACCUCUCCUUCUGGCGGUGGAGCGGCGGCGGCGCGAACAGGGGAGGAGGAGGCUCGUGCGGGUGGGUGGCGCUGGAGGCGCCGCCCGUGCCCCGGGGCUCGGUGGGUCUGGGCAUGGCGGUGCGCGUGGCGUUGGCCGGCGUGGGCGGCGACCGGGUGGCCGCGGUGGUGAACGUGGCGGCCGUCAGGGGCCACAAUGCGGCGGGCGGCGCCCUGGAAGGGCUGGUGGUGGUGUACGACAUCGGCGGCGGCAAGUGGAGCCGCGCGCCCGACCUGCCGCCGGGGUUCCGGCGGGCCGCGUGCGCCGCCGUCGAGUGCUGACAAUGACCUUGUUGGGGGAUGUGCGGUCCUACUCCUACAGUUUCAGUGACAUUUUUAGUUGCUUGGAUUGAUCAUUGAUGCGAUGCGAAGCAACAUUGUCAUCAUCUUGUGGAUUGCUGUUGAGAAAUUGAUUGAA